AUGUCUUCCGCAGUCAAAUCUGACAUAUCCGAUAUUCGUCAACGCCAUGUAGAACGUGACAUAACUACAAAUGCUACUCGACUAAGUCAGAGUGAAAAUGCUAAAGCAGCAGCAGCAGCGGCAAGUAUCACGACUCCGAUUGUAGCAGUGCCGACUACUGAUGACGAUAUGGAACCUUUACCGUCACAUCCAACUGGUGCACAUAUGUUUGAAGAGACAAGUUCUACACCAAACUUUAUGCAAUAUUUUGAAAAAAUUCUCAGUGGUUUCAAUCCUCGUUGGCGUAAUUGGAUCAUUCGCGGCAUAUUUUCAUUCAUCAUGAUUGUUGGAUUUGCUAAGUUAGUAUCGAUGGGUCCGUUAGUUGUAUCGGUGGUUAUUAUUCUCAUUCAAAUCAAAUGCUUUCAAGAAAUUAUCAACAUCGGCUAUGUUGUUUAUAAGUCACACAAUCUACCAUGGUUUCGAACAUUAUCUUGGUUUUUCUUAUUUACGUCAAACUACUGGCUGUAUGGGGAGAGUUUAAUUCAUCAUUUUGGUUCAUUACUAAAUCGAAAUAAUUUUCUCCAACCGUUAGUUACAUAUCACCGAAUGGUUGCUUUUCUCCUCUAUACAAGCGGAUUCGUUGGAUUUGUCUUAAGUUUAAAGAAAACCUAUUAUCUAAAACAAUUUACUCUAUUUGGAUAUACACAUAUCACGUUGAUGAUUCUGGUGACGUCAAGUCAUCAAAUGAUAGAGAACAUUUGCGAGGGUAUGAUAUGGUUUCUAUUUCCUGUGUCGUUAAUUAUCUGCAAUGACAUAAUGGCUUAUAUGUUUGGUUUUUUCUAUGGUCGAACGCCAUUAACAAAAUUAUCACCAAAGAAGACAUGGGAGGGCUUUAUUGGUGGCGGUGUAUCAACGUUGAUUUUCGGCUUUGUUUUAGCGGGCGUUCUCAGUCGCUACCAAUUUUUCGUUUGCCCAUUAGAAUACAAUGACGAACUGAUGAGUCUGUCAACAUCGUGCACGCCAUUGCCACUGUUUCAAAAAACAAUAUAUAUGAUGCCGAAGCCACUCUCAUUUCUGAAACGUUCAUUAGUUUUAUAUCCAUUUCAAUUGCACUCACUGUUACUUUCGUUAUUUGCCUCGAGUAUUGGACCGUUUGGUGGAUUUUUUGCCAGUGGAUUUAAACGAGCAUUUCGAAUCAAAGACUUUGCUGCUACUAUACCCGGUCACGGUGGGUUCAUGGAUCGAUUUGAUUGUCAAGUUAUAAUGGCAAUGUUUACAAAUGUGUAUAUCUCAACAUUUGCACGCGUUGCAUCGCCGCAUAAACUACUUCUCCAAGUAUUAGCUCUCUCGCACGAAAACCGCGAAGAGUUUCUUCGUUUGCUUCGUAAUCAUUUCAAAGAAUAG